ACAUAUCUUCAGAGGUUAACUUGAAACAGACUUUCCCAUCAGUGCUCUUUAAUCUGCAUUGCGUGUCAACGUGUCCUUCACCUCCCCAUCAUGCCAACCGUACCUGAAGAUGUUAGACAGCCAACUGAGACACAGCAUUCAAAUUUGCCCUCUCUUGUCAAAGAGACCUCUGCUGAAACAGCUACAUGCAACACACCUUCAAUAAUUCUUCCGGAAUGUGCCGUUAGACCAGUUACAGAAAGAGACACACAUGUACCUCUCAGGCCUGUUAGCCCUCAUCUGCGACAUUCUAACAGAAAUGCUAGAAAAUCAGGGAGCUCUUUGACUUCUGUAGAUAAUGAAGGUCAUGUAAUUGAUCUCCUACAUGACCAACUGCCAGAUAUACAAAUAUCUGAUGAAGAUAAAAAGAAGAACUUUGAACUAUUAGAAGAAGCAAAGAAGGUGAGUGAGAGGUUCCUCACACGUAGAGGAAGAAAAUCAAGAAGCAGCCUUUCAGAAUCACCCACAGCUUUAUCCCCAUCACUAAGCCCCAGUGUUUCACCUGCUUCAUCUCGGAGCAACUCGUUAACUCUUCCAGAUCCAACAGAUUCUGAUAUAUGCACGUCAAGUGUUGAGUCGGUGUCUCCAUUGCAGAAUCCCACAAAAGGAAUGCCUAAUCAAAAGGAGAAUGAACAAAGAAAAGAUUCUCAGGGAAGAAUGGUUCCUCACAUAACUGGUUUGGAAAGUCCAAAGGAGAAGGUGUCUGAACAAAAGGAGAACUUUGAUUCAUAUAAACAUAUGGAUAAUCUGCCUCAAUUCUGCACUUCAGAUUCCAACACUGGCAAAAUAUCUCUUAGUAGCAGCAAGAACUUCUAUGAAACUGAAUUAGGGAAAGAAUUCCCUAAAAAAAUUAAAGGAAACGACUUUUCUUUCAAAGGUCAUUUACCUGGACCAGGAAUGAUUGCACCAGGCCCGAAGUUAAAGGGCUCAGCACCACUACUGAAGGAUUCCAAAGUUUCUAAUAAAACUGAAUUUAAUGCAUCUAGUAACCGCUCUCCUCUACUACAAGCUAUGUCAUGGGAUCAUCCUGAACCAUGUAAUGUAGAAAAAGCACCUUUCAGACCAUCUGAAGGUAUUAAAAACUCUGCUGGUAAUAUAGCAGCUGGUAAUAUAGUAACUAAGCUUCCACCAUUCAAAGACCUUCACAUACAAGUUCAGCCAAUUCGAAUGCAGAAACUGACAAAGCUCAGAGAGGAACAUAUAUUAAUGAGAAAUCAAAAUUUAGCUGGACUUAAACUUCCUGAUCUAAGUGAAGCUGCUGAACAGGAAAGAGGGUCUUCACCAAUCCCUUUCUUAGUGGAGGAGGAGGAGUCAAAGAAUAGAUGUGAUGCCAUGCCCAACAUUCCUGACAUACUUUUACGAAAACUUGGUGUACAAACACCAUUUUCAGGAAGUGCUCCACCACUUACUGAACGAGAGGUUGAGAAUGUAUUUGUACAACUUUCAUUGGCAUUCAGAAAUGAUAGCUAUACAUUGGAAUCAAGAAUUAAUCAGGCUGAAAGGGAAAGGAAUCUUGCUGAAGAAAAUACAGAGAAGGAAUUAGACAACUUCAGGGGAGCAGUUACGUCUUCAGCUUCCCUAUGGCAUCACUCUGAACAUAGAGAGAUGUACCAAAGGUUAUUGGAAGACAUUGCUGUACUUCAUCGUUUGGCUUCAAGACUAUCCAGUCGGGCUGAAAUGGUUGGCGCUGUUCGUCAGGAAAAACGUAUGUCAAAGGCCACUGAAGUUAUGAUGCAGUAUGUAGAGAAUUUAAAAAGAACAUAUGAAAAGGACCAUGCUGAGCUCAUGGAGUAUAAGAAACUUGCUAAUCAGAAUUCUAGCAGAAGCUACGGUUCUCCAGAUGAUGGUGUACCUCGGACAUCAAGAUCCAUGUCUCUUUCUAUUGGAAAGUUGCCUCGAAGGAGAGUCAGUGUUGCUGUUGUUUCAAAGUUUGAGCUCCCAGGCCAGUCACCUAGCCAGUCACCUAUACCCUUGGUGUCAUCUACCCUGUCUGAAUCAUCAAAUGGAAGAAGCAAUUUGACAUCAACUCCAGUCUUACCUGUAGUUACAGAGAAUGGAAAACCAAACAGCGACCUGGAUUGUGAACACCGUCCUUCAGCAUCAACAGAAACUAGCUUGGAAGAGAUCAGCCCAGAAGCAAAAGCCAAAAUAGAAGAGGAAGCUUAUAAUAAAGGCUAUCAGGAAGGUCUAAAGAAAAACAAGGAAAGUGAAGAGUUGAAAGAGAGUGAAGAGAAAAUCCAUGAAAAAAUCAAGGAUUUUUUGCCCAUGGAAAAUGAUAAGAUUAGCAAGCCACAGAGCAAACUUGAAGUUGUUAUCCAUUAUGUACAGAUACUGUAUCCCAAACUGCAUAAACACUGGAAUGUGCUCUGGAUUGUAGCAGCCAUUAUUACAGUUUUUGCUGUAGUGCUGGGGACCUCCUGUUUAUACAAUUACUUCUUCUCCUAUACGGAGAAAUCAGAUGGAGCCCAAGUGAAACCUGCCUGUUCUGCUGCCCAUCGGUAUUCUUGGGGAAAUUCAGGACUGCAACAUGACCAGUAAUAAAAUCAUACCUGGGGGGGGGGGGGAAGAACCCAUUGAAGAGACACCAGGAAUAACCCUUUUCAAAACUUGAGAUGAACAAUGCAGAUUGCUGUCGCUCCUGUGAUGAGUAUAUGUAAUCAACAACCCACUGCUUUCUUUUAUGUCAUCAGUUUUGUGAAUGCAUUGUGUUUUUUAAUUAUCCAGCCACGCCAGCCAAUAAAUCUUGUUUUCUCUGUUAUGGUAAUUGUUAUUUGAUUGAUAUGCCUAAUAUUAGAAAAAUUAUAUGGGAAAUACAAAAAUAGCAGUCAGUGGAAUGUAAAGUCCAUUCCUUCUACGGAAUGUCACAACAGACUUCCUGCUAUAUAAAUGUUAGGAUUAAUUCUUCCUAUAAAUUUCAGUUUGGCUCCUGCUCACUAACAUCUUAGAGGUCUGAAUUUGAUUUCACAAUCACACAGAUGAGCUAAUGCUAAAACUGCAAAACACUGAAAUGUUUUCUUAUAGGUCGAUUCCAUACUUAUGAGACAAGACCCUUGCUACCUCACCACAAAAAUAGGUGAAAUGUAGGCUGGGGGCAUGUAUUUUUGUUAAUUAUUUUUUUAAAGUGAAACUUUACAAAAACUACAUCUGUAAAGUUCUACCAUGUUCCAAUAAUAUGAAAUAAUAUUGUAGUAAUAGGCUCACAGAUCAUACUAAUCCAUAUUUAUUUUAUUGCAUUUUAUUGAAUAAACAUUUUUUUAAAAAAAUCGUGUGAAAAUGCUGUUAACACCUCAACAGCAAAACUCCUUCAUAUUCUGUAGUGAACAUUAACAUGCACAAUUAAAUCUAAAUGUCUGGAACAAAAGACAGCUUCUAGUAAGUUGGCAGGAGAUGCUGUGUGGUAUGUGCUUUCUGCUCCUUGGAAUCAGAAGAGAGGAUUUUUGUUCCUGAAAGUAUAAAUAGAUUUCCUGACACAAUUCAAAGUUAGGAAACAUCAAAUUGCAGGCAUAACCACGCAUUAAGUAAAAGUCAACUGAGUAGCACAAAUAGAAGUGGUUAAAGAUCAGAGUGAAAGAAUGGCUCACAGUUCGGGCAUUCCUUUCUGGUUCAUUUCAGCUACUGGAAUGCAAAGAAGCCCCAGAGCAUAUUUUUUACUAAUUUGUAAAAUUGUUUAUUGGCAAAAGCAUUAUGCCUGCUGAGAGCAUGUUGCUUUAGCUCUUCUCACAAAUUUACUUGAAUUAUUUAGUGUUUGAAAGGGGCCAUUUGACAAAAACAUUCAGGAUAUGAACUUUUCUUUGAAGUAUGUAUGAGGGUGAGGUUCUGUCCUACCUCACGUGAUUUGAUGUAAGUGACUUGUGGUCCAGGGCUAAUAGGCAGUUUGUAGUCUCCAGAAUCCCCUAGAUCAGGAAUGUCAAACUUGU